AUGGAGCAUCUCGGCGCCUUCGGCAAGCUCAGCCCAGAGCUGCGCAACAUCAUCUACGAACACGCCGCUCUUUCCGCCACCACUCCCUUCUCCACCACCCAGUACUACAACCGCCGCGGUCCCACCCUCGCCCUCCUCUCCACCAACAGCACCAUCAACAACGAGUUCGAAACCGUCCUCGACGCCCGCGCAGCUUACAGCACCACCAUCGACCUCAACAGCCCGAGCUACGAUACCUUCACCGCUCCACGCGCCGAGGAAGCGAAGAACUUGACGGUCAAGGUGCACUUGGCUCCUAAGCUGUCGGCCGAGAAUCCUCACUGGAGGCAGCUCCGCGAGCCGUUGUGCAUCAUCGCCGCGACCAGCGUAGAGGGACCAGAGUCUCUGCGCAUCGAAUGUGUGGUGCUGGAUGACCGGGAGGACGACGGCACUAUGAGGGCGUUGGGGGUGUUUUGUAAGAAGAGCGAUACGCUUCGCGAGUAUGAGAUCGUCUUCAGGGACGAUUGUUUCGGGCGGAAGUACACUAUGAGCAAUAAGCGCGGAAAGGCCGGUGACGAAUAG